CUCGUUUUCAAUUCAAAAUGUCUGCGCCCAUGGAAGCUGAGUGCUGAGAUAGUGUGAUAAGUUGAUGUCAAAAUGCCAGAGGAGACAGCAUUUAAACAGGUGGACGAGAAGCAUGUGUCUGUGGAGGUGGAGUUGAUGUUAUGGUCACCCAAGUUUGACCUGGUGGCUCUGUCUAAUGUUCAAGGGGAGGUUGUCCUACAUCGACUGUCAUGGCAGAAAGUCUGGUUGGUGGCGCCACCUGCUGAAGAGGUCAAGGUUACAGCGUUGGCAUGGCGACCAGAUGGGAAAGUGCUAGCAGCUGGAUACACAUGUGGCAAGAUCAACCUGUAUGACAUAGAAAACUCUGAAGUCCUCACAACGUUGGAACUUCCAGGCGAGGUAACCUGUAUGAGCUGGAUCACACAGUCUUUGCCGGAGGGAACCACCUGGUCCCCAGACCCGUAUGAAGAUGAUAAUGCCUCACUAUACCUUCCAAAAUUACAGCCGUUAAACAAAAGUUAUGGAACUUUAUCAAAGGGAGCAUCUGUAGAAGAAAAUGUUGAAGAUAGUAAAAAGCUGAAUGACCAAAAGGAACUGAAUCUGUUGCUUGCGGGCUGUGCGAAGGAGUUACACAUGUUUGCAUAUGGUGUGUAUCCCAUUGGUGACACAGUAGUCACACCUGCUCAUGAUGCACAGCUGAAACAAAUACAUAGUGCUGAGAUAUCUCAGGACCUUCACUUGGUUUCCACGGUGAUAGAGCUGUCAAAAGACGACUCACAGGAACAGGAGUUCUCUAUCAUGACUUUUGACACAAGACUGCUGUCAUCACGAUACCAAGAACUGCGCAUCCUGGCUCUGAAGUGUGGACAAAUAGCCACUUUAAUUGGGUACCUACAGCAGACCAUUCAACAGAUGUCCGAGGCGUGGGAAGAUAUCCUCAUGGAAAUGGACUCAAAACUCCUUAAAUUUGCUGGAGAAAAAAGGAAGACUGGCACCAGUACAGUGAGCAAUGACUUCCUGGAGCUGUUAAUGUUUGGCACUCCCAGUCCUGAACUUCAAGCUUUCCUACUCCAUGAGCUCACAGAAAAGGGUCUGAAGAACCUGGGCCACUCCAUAGAGACGUCUUACUCCAACAUACAGAAACUGGUGGUUCAGCACCUACAAGUGGUGAGUCAGGCAAUGCUUUACCACCUGAGUGACCUACGGGGGAUGUCAGCAUGGUACGAAAAGUUUGGAGUCCUCGGUAUGCACACACAGAAGAUCCAGGAGGCUGUCACUGCUGUGGGAUCUUUUGUCCUGAAAACGUCAGAAAUACAGCAAGUAAUUGAUAACAGUAUAAAGAACUUCAAGGCUUUCUUCAGAUGGCUGUAUGUUGACAUCCUGUAUCCAGUACAGAAUUCCAAGUCUCUGGUACAGCUACUUGACAUCCUGCUGGACGCCAUCCACUCCGCCUUGUCUCGACCUUCUAUGGUCAUAGGUAGUUCAUUUGAAUGUCUAUCUUCCCGACAUCUGUUCACGCAGCUAAAACAAGAUGGGGACAAUGAUUUGAAACCUAAAAUUUGCCAAUUCACAAGUAAUGAGUCACAAUAUCUCUACACCGUGUACACCAUGGACCGACUGCCCUCCGAGACCCUUAUUAUCCUACGGCAGUCAACUAAGGGUGGCAGUGUCCAUUGUGAGGCAGUAUCAAUCAAGUUCGGGGAGAUACCAAAGCGGUCAGUUGAUACAAGUGGACAAGAGGAUCAGGAAAGGUGCUGUAAGCACUUCCUCCAAGACGUGGGUUACUACGAUGAGAAAACACUCUCCCUUCUGUUGGUUGAAGAAGGUGAAGAUGAAACACCAGUGUUAGUACAGCUCCCCCUGGUGGUAAUUGCGGAUUCCAUGUACACAACUGUGCCACCAGAUGGCAGUAUACAAGGUUUCAGUCUAAAUGUGAUUGACAUCGCAGAGAAACUGGAGUUUCACAACUGUCAGCGGCUAGACAACAUGAAAGCCCACUCCUUCUCUGUCAGUGGUACCCGCAAAACAGCAACAGUCCUUUUUUCAUCUAAGAGACGAGUGCGGAUAUUCCUGAUGGAUGCAGAGGAGGAAGAAGAGGAUGAAGAUGAGGCUGACGAGACUGGAGAUCUGACAGAAGCAGACAUAAGUGGGGUCCCAGUUGACACCAGUGGGGUCCCAGAGGGAGACAGUGAUAUGAGAGGGGCUCCAGAAGGGGAUGGUACAAUGCAAGUAGAGGAUGGAGACUCAGAGGGACAGGAGGAUAAGGAGAAUCUCAACUUCCUAAGUCACAGCUCUGACAGGACUCCAAGCUCUUAAUUCAGUUGGACGGGGCAGAACCCUCAACUCUUAAUUAAGUGGGACAGGGCAGGACUCUUAACUCUUAUUUAAGUGGAACAGGGCAGGACUCUUAACUCUUAAUUAAGUGAGGUGGGUUUGGGUUGGGGGCAGCGAGUUGGAUCAUAGAGGAGGGUCCAAACUCUUUUAUUAAGUGGGGCUGGGUUGGGAUGGGAGCAGUGGGUUGGAUCAUAGAGGAGGGUCCAAACUCUUUUAUUUGGAUGGGAGCAGUGAGUUGGAUAAUAGAGAAGGGUCCAAACUCUUUUAUUAAGUGGGGUUGGGUUGGGAUGGGGGCAGUGGGUUGGAUCAUAGAGAAGGGUCCAAUCUCUUUUAUUAAGUGGGAUUGGGUUGGGAUGGGAUGGGAGCAGUGAGUUGGAUUAUAGAGAAGGAUAUUUCAAAUCGGGUGAAACCCAAGGCUUUUGCCGAGGGUUUUCCACCAAUUUGAAAAAAAUGAGAAUGGAAUUUCACUAUCCAACACCUCUUGAUCUCUCAUUCCUAUCACCAGAAUUAGCUCAGAAACCACAAAAAGGGGCUGCAACUUUCCACUUUGCUGCAUUGGAAUAUUCCUGAAUUCUUGACUGUCUCAUUGUGACUUCAUGCACAUAAAUUAUUAUGUACGAACAUUUGCAUCAUUGACAUCUCAGCCAUAUAUGCACAAGGAGGAAAGAAAAAUAAUCUCUGCUUUUAAAUUUUUUAUUCCAUUACAUGAAGUAGCAAUAGUGAUUUUGAUUACUUGUACUGGUCUAGUUACUGAAAAGUCUGUAGUCAGAGGAACAUGUUCAUAUGGAAAAUUUGGUUUCACCAAAAAAAAAAAGCCAAAACAUUACAAUCUAUGUCACUUACAGAAACAUUAUUCAUUUCCUGAGUGAUAUAUUUGUAGCGAACAAGGCUCCCGGGUUUUCAAAGUCCAAAUUAUGAAAGUUUGAUUUCGUAUCACAAAAACUGUGAUUCAUUUCUAGUGAUGUUAGGGUCAUAAAAUAUAUAUUUAUAAACCAAGGUGUGUUCAUUUAUUGAAAAAUAGUUUGACAGGUUUUAAUCAUUUGUUGUUAUGAAAUGGUCCAAUGCAUUUCACCAUGAAGAAUAAACUGUUUUGUGUCACACAAGGUAUGUUAAAGGGAAUGUAUUGUAUUCAUUGAUGCUAUGUCAUUAAAAUAAUUCGAAUGAUGAUA